AGAAUGCAUGUAUGUGCGUAUGAGAGAACAAGGAAGAACAAGAUCGAGUCAGAGGGAGGAGGCAGGAAGAAGAAUAAGUGGAAGAAAAAAGAUCAGCUUUCGGCCGUCGCUCCAGAAGAGGAAGGAUACUCGAGAACAUACUUACGAGUUUGUUAGUCUGGCGAGCGAGAUGGAGGUGGGGCAUCAUCGUACAGUCAGCCGAAUGUCGACAGUCGAUCGUGUCAAGGGUCCUCAUAGGUCGAGAGACACCUCGACCAAGAGAUCGGAGAUAAGUUUCUCGACGGUCGCUUGUGAUGAACGAAGAGACGCGGUGCUUGGGACGUUCCCCCGGGUGGUGGAUUACAACGUUCUUCAAAUCCAGCAUCCAGUCGCGCAAAGAAUAACCUCGAUGUACAACAAGGCUAUCGGUUGCGCCGAGGGCAAUCCUCGCGGAUUGUUUCAUGGGGAUACUCCGGGACAUCAAGAGACGAUAGAGGAACUCUCACAUAUCGAAACCAUCGUCGAAUGGACAUCCACUUUUGGCAUGAGCAUCAAUAAUACACGUGGUCGGUUAAAGUAUGAGGAAAAUUUGAGGAGACACUGUCAAACCUUCGCGGAUUUCUACUAUCGGGAUCGGGAAAAUCUUGGGAGAACGUCAGUUGUCAAGGAUUUGACGGGUCGAUGGAUAGCGACGCGCAAAGAUCUGGUCGUUGCUAGAAGCUUAUCGGGCUUCCUUCUAGCGAGCAGUCAUCGUGACAAUCCGUUCGGAACACGUUGACCGCAACCGGGAGGAAUUUCCAUCGGAUAGCGUCCUAUUAGUAGGUUGCAAUGGCGUCUUCUAAGUUUUCUCUGAUCCACCAUCGUCGCCGUCUUUUCCCUCGCCUACGAGAUCGUGUACUGUGUAGAAAUAUCCAGCUCGCGGCUUCCUUCGUCAUCGGGCCGAUGACUAAACUUCACGUUGAAAGUUUUCCCGAGUAAUCCUGAGAAUCUGUUUAAGAUGGCGAAGAAGAGAGAAAGAAGGAAAGAGAGAGAAAGAGGUAGAGGGAGAGAUGGGAGAAAUAGAGAAGAAGAAAGGAGGAAGAAACGGCUGGACUGCUGGAUCAACCGUCAACGCAACCGGCCGAUCGAUGAACGAAGCAUCCCUCUCUCGCCACGGAGGGAGUCUCGUUUCGGGGUCGCCAGAGGUUAAAGGGGCAGGUGUUGGCAACGAGGCAACGACAGCGGAGGAAACGAGAGCACCAAAUCGAGAACAAUGGCACGCUCGUCCGUUGUUGUGCGGAUUAAGGUCGAGUUCUUCGCGUACCGGAAGCGGCGGUUCCUCUCUCACCUUCGCGGGAUCGCGUCGCGGCGGAAGAGCGACGUUCUCGCCAGCGGUUAGUGUAGAGUAGUUUGUAGGAGCGCCGUUGAAUGCGCACGUGUGUACCACUCUCACACUUGUCGAGUCAGAUCAUGAGCGAACGAGGAGCCUAAGAAAGAGAGCGACUUAUUUUCACGUGUGUACCCCGUGCGCUGUUCGAACGUCGUCAAAUUAUAGUCGUACUUAGUCGUAGUCGCGUGUGCAUUAUUCGUCCCCUCCACAGGAGGGUCAGUUUCUUGCAUCCUCUUUCCCGAUUUGUCCCGUACACCGGAAUAUCUCCGCCGAAAAUCGCGGCUGGACAGCGCAAACGGCCGCGACAAACAGCGUCUUUCGCGUAGAACCGACGCGUUAAGUAACACGCAUUAACAUUCGAAUGAAUGAAUGAACUUUGUUCGAUGAUGGUAAACAAGUCGGCAUAACGCGAAACUCGGGAGAGUUUUGAAAUAGACUUGAUUUCGAAUUAGACUUUCGGCCCGCCGAAUACGACGGCGAAAAAUGACGUAAGGAGUUGCUGGUUGACCGGUCAAUUCCGACUAGAAAUUUAUCCCAUGCUCCUGAUCAGGUUGAUUUUAAUCAGUAUACUGGUUUGUGUGUAUAAGAUGAUGUUAGCGAGUCAUGUAAUGUAGCAUGGCAGUUAAGAUUAACUCUCACACGUCACGUAUGUUUUGAGCAUCUUAAUCUGGCACACUGGAGUCGUUUUCGUCCUCGUUUAUUUACGUUUCGCUAAUAAAAAUCUUUAAAAAGGAAUCAAUAUACUUUGAAGUCUAGAAUAGGAUUGUGCACAGAAAUAAUCGCAAAUCUUUACUCAAGCAUUUUAUUUUGUUACAAAUAUAAAGAGAAACGCGAUGAAAAUAUGAGUUUACAUAACAAUUUUGUAAUUAUUCUGAAAAUAAAUUUAAGAAAUUAACACUUUAGGAUUUUUAAGUGAAUAUUUGAAUUUUUAAGAAAAAGAAUGUUACAUAUUUUAAUUUGUCAAAGAGUACAAUCAUUUUAAUAUACGAAAAUACAUUUUUUUAGUCAAGUUUAGUCAAAAUACAUUGUUUUAGUCAAGAGAUCAAUAAAAUAAUUAAUAGUUUCUCGAUAAGUUUCUUUGGUAUUAAUUUAUUAUAAUAUGAACUUUUUAAAGUUAUUACAAACAUUAGUUGUACUUGAAUUUUUUCUUUAGUUUGAAAUUAGAGAUGGACAGUACAGAAAUCUUGUUCACGUGUACUCAAUCAAAAUCAGUCGUAUAAGAGUCAGUCAUACAAUCCGUAAAAAAUAAAUAAGUUAUUUACAGAUGAAGCUUUCCUUAUAUAUUAUAUUUAAUAUACAGAACUGAGAUGUGUGUUAAUAUAAUGUUUAUUUUAUACUUUGACAGUUUAAUCUGACAUUCUGGGUUAAAAACGACCCUAUAGCAACUUUGUUAUAUGUCAGGCAAUUAAAAUAGUUCAACAGUGUUUAAAUUCAUAUAUAUUCUAAUAUUCCAAUCAACUUUAACAUUUUUAGCGCGUGAACUGGAAGUCCUCGUACCACUAGUGUGCGAGUAAUUCGAAAUUAAAAAUCGAGUGGGCUUGAAAAUAAGCCCAGUAUGCCAGAUCAAUUAGAAUUAAUAACGAGGAUUGCUAAUAAUUAUUAUCAAUAAUUACAAUCCGCGAUUCAUUACGUGAUUAGACCAUUGGAUAAAUUUCUAGUCAGGAUUGAAGUAAAUUUCUUCACACAUGCCUCUCGAGAAUUCUUGGCGUUUGUUAUUGUGAGAUAGCACGACUGUGUGACCAUUAAUUGAUCUCGAUUCUUUCAAGCGAAUGAGAAAAAUGUCUCGAAGGUUUUUCAAUUAUCGACGUUAAUACUGCCGUUUUAUCAGGAGACAUUGCAUUCUCUUCUUGUUGUCGACGAUAACGCUGAUAUACGUGGCGAGGCCUAUGGGGCAGCCCAAUGAACACAUACAUCCGGUAUUGUCAAAUAGAUCGGCACUCCGCGACGCACUCACGCGUUGCGUUAUACGCGAAAGACGCGUGAACUCGCUAUCAUUCCGGAGAUUUCCGCCUUUCCUAGAUCGCGGCCACCGCGCGAGUCGGAUGAAGAUAUUUUCUUAAAUAAAACGUCAUUCGCGCCGUACUCGUCAUCGAAUAUGUAACAACGUAUUUCCCGAUUGUAACCCGCGCCCGAAGUGUCCGUAUCUGUUGCUUCGCGUUGUCGCUACGAGUUAAGGGCUUGUUAACUUUUUCUUUCUGUUUAAUAUAUACAUAUAGUGUAUUGUUCCGUUGUAAGUCGAGUCGUUCGGAGAGCGAGAAGGAAAGAGAAAGGGAGGGAGAGUGAGAGGAAUGUGCGAGAGGGAGAGAUGUGUGGUGUCCUUGCGGAUGGUAUGUGCAAAGGACGUCGAGUGUUACGAGGAAGAGGGAACGAUACUUCCGUCAUGAGAGAGAUUUCUCUCGUGAGAGGUAUAUUUCCUCCUUCUUAUCUGAAAUCCGCUGAUUCAAAGAGCUGCACGAUCUUGACAAA